UUACAUUAACAUAUAUAAAGCUAGAAAGUGCUUUAAUUGAUUUUUGAACUUACAACAUUACGAUUGUCUGCUCCACUUCGGAUCGGCAGAAACGAUUGUAAACAAACGGUGGUGGUUGUCGCGUGGUAAAAUGUUGUACCGUCAUUUGGUUGUCUUUUUUCGUUAUGUGAACUUUAUUCUGAGCUAGUUGUGGGUGUAGAGAGGCUGAGGAGCCGCGAGUGGGUGCGGCUUACAUUGCGACCUCUUCUUCAGUGCGUGGUGGAACAAAGCACCUUUAAAGGGAAUGUAUUUUGUUUGCGCCGAGUGUACCGAAAGCCCCGACAGGUCCCAUGCACGGCCUCGUCCGCGUCGCCGCUUUCCUGGUCGCCUCCGUAUCGGGCUCGCUGCUGGCAGUGAUCGUGCUGCAGUAUCGGGAGAUUCUCGAGAGCAGCGAGCGAACCCCGCCAGCAGCCAGCUAUGCACCACUGCGGAUGGCCACCUACCAGAGCUGGCUCUCCGACUUGGGUCUGGAGCGCGCGGGCAGCGGGGCCGCCAGCGAGGCGCGCCUGCUGUACGAACGCGUGCCCGUGCUCUGCUUGGUCCACGCCACUUCGGCGCAGCAGGCGCGCUCGGUGCUCAACACGUGGAGCCGUCGCUGUAACCGGGCAGUGUUCUUCGGGAGCCUGUCGGACCCGCACGUGCCCGUCGAGCGCGUCUCGGGUAACGCGUGCGCGCUCUUCACGCGCGUGCUGGCAAAGCACAGAGGCUCAUUCCGCUGGCUGCUGCUCGUGGACGACGAGGCGUUCGCCGUGGUGGAGAACCUGCGCUUCUACGUGGCCCCACUGAACUCCAGCGACGUCCACUACCUGGGCUAUCCCGUGCGAUGGGGGUCCACCUUCUACAACGCGAUGGCGGCCGGCGUCGCGCUCAGCGAGGGCGCUGUACGGGCGCUUGCUUGCCGUGCUGCGGCGUCGCUUGACGAGCUCGAGCGGACUGUGGCUGCCGCGCUGCCCCGCGUGCCCCCGGUGGACACGCGGGACCUGCUGCGCCGGGGCCGUUUCAACCCGUUCGGCGUCGAGGAGAUGCUAGUACCGGGGUCCGUCGCAUACGGCCACCCACACCGGCGCUCCAGCCUUUUCCGCAGCCCCGAGGGGGGACACUGCUGCAGCCAGCAUGCCAUCACCUUUCACGGAGUGAACCCGGCAGACAUGUUCCUGCUUGAAUACCUUGUGUAUGGGCUACAUGUUGGGCCUGGGGGUGGUCUUUCCCCAACCAGCAGUCCACCUGCCAAUGCCCCCAUGGAGCUUGCAAGCCUUCUCAGGGGGAAAGCCUUCGUCAAGCCAUACGGAAUCGUUGCUGGCACCUCUUGAAGGCAGUGCUGUGCUAAAAAAAUGACUGCACAAUUGGAGGACACGACAGUUGUUUCCUCACUUAGCCAUGUCAGUGCAUUACUCCUUAGUCGUGCCUUAUUUUGACAACCAAUUGCUCAGCACUGCAAAUGUCCAUGUAGUCGCACGUGUAAGCUUAGCCGGUUAGAAAUGCAUGUGAUGUGCAUGGAAAACACGCAGAGCUCAAAACAAAUUUUGUGCGCAGCAUGUCUUUGCAAAAUGUGGUGUCUUGGAACUUGCCACAAUUAAUGCUUGCGCAAGUGUUGCCUUUUUACGUGGAAGUUUAGGAGAGGCCCUGGCAAGCUCCACUGCAUAGGAGAAAGUGUGGCAGAAGUCUUUUUCGUAAAGGAGCACCAGGACUGGUGGUCCGAACAGCAGUCUUGUCAUAGCAACUGCACCUCGGUCGCCUAAUGAAGCGAGCAAACGCUCUGUGUUCGAGAUCACAGUCAGCUGUUAGCCCAUUUGUGCUUCCACCUCUUGCACUACACUAGCAUCUGCAACGCUGGCACAGUUCACAAACUUUUCUUUUACGUUCCGGAAUGAUGGAGGACCACAACUAGGCAGAGGCCAGGGAGAACUGACGAAAGGGGGGGGAGGGGGCGAGAAUGAGGAGGAACGUUGGGGGCCUCUAUUUUGUUCUUUCUCCACGCCUUUUUACAACAUCAAACUGUGCAGCCGUUUUGGACUGUGUACUACUGUUGCCUACAGUUUCCACUAGAGUGACUAGACCAUUUUAUCGGAUUGGUGCAGAAAUCGCGAGGAUUUACCUGUCGCCACAAAAUUUCAUUUUGUUUUUGUUUCAUUUUGUUUCAUUUUAUUUUGGCAUUGCACAAUGUGAAAUCCGGGAUCAGCACGGAAGCGCAUGGUUGUACUCCAAUGCAGCCUCCCUCUCGGCUGGGUCUCUGCACUGUACAUAUUGGCCUCUGCAGUGUACAAGGAGUGAAUGGUUGGCUGUUGUGAAAUACAUAGCAGUAGUGCCUUACCAAUGAAGUUUCAGCAUUAAAGUUACCUGUCACCACUGCUGUUUUUGAGCAAGCAAAAACUUCACACAAGAGAGAAGCACCCAAGUAUUGUUUUAAUCGACUACACAGUACUGGCAGUUAAGUACUGCUGCUUCACACACACACAGAAAAGGCCUUUGUGUCUUGACUGGGAAAAAGCACAGGUGCCAGCUGCAGCAGUUGCGGGUCGGCAGCCAGGGUAGGGACCUUUCACACCCUCGAGAAUGCCUGGCACAACCUGCUGCACAGGAACCACAACACCAGCAGCUGGCUCGCUAGUUGCCCAUCUAGCCAAGCAAGACAGUAUAGAGGCAACCUAAGACUGGUAUGAGAGCCUCACUGUGUCAUAAAAUUCGAACAUAAAAGGGGCAGCAACACCUGCCUCCGAUGGCAUAUCAGGCAUUGCAGAGAUGGUGCAUUCGCAAGAUUACGGGCAAAGGGCUGUGCCCACAUUAGUUGUUCGACUGCACUUUUCGGCGUUCAUUGCUUGGCAGUAUGUGCUUGCUGCAGAUGGAGCACAGUUUUGUGGCAUUGUAUUAGAAAAUCUAAAGUUGUGCACAAAAUAAUGUAACGGGGCAGGAUAUGACAGAAUGCCAGGACUCUCCCAGCAUAGUGUAAAUGAAAAUAAUAGUUUGUGGUGCAGACAGUGCUGGAAGCAAACAAAAGUGUGGAGCUGUGCACAGCUCGCCAGUAAACCACAUUGCUGCAAACAUCGGAUGCACCAGAUGCUGCACCAGUGGUCAGCAUUCAACACCCUAGAAUGCACCAGACCUGAAUACCUUGUGGGUAGGCCAGUGUAGCAGGUGUACAAAGGGGUGCAAACCAAGCACCGGCAGGACGAUGGGGCACAACUAAGCAGACAAUGUGCAGCCACAACAUGGGGAGCGUGCAAGUGAUGUGCAGCAAGAGAUCCACACUUGCAGGCUGAGUCCUGGGAUGGGCUCCUCAGUGCAAAGCAAUGACCAGCAGGACAUGUGGGUAAGGUGACUGUGCUGCACUGUCUGUGGAGCACAUGUGGCUCACAUUACCAUGGUUCAGUAUUGAACCCAGAGGCCAGCGGUAGCCGUAGCUGACAUCACACACACCACUUGCAACAUACAUUGUUUUGCUAAGAGACCCACCUACAUGGGGCACAACUACAUGACUCCGAAUUCUUUCCCAAGAGCAUCACAAGGAUGACUACAGUAAUGGCAUGCAGCUAAUCAAAGAAUGCACACAUGCCAUUACCGUGUGUACGCUAGUAGACAAAAAGGCAGAAGAGACAGCUGCUCUGAAAUUUACACAUUCAUACUCUAUUGGCCAGAAAAUUAAAACCACUCCUGGUGUACAGGCAUGCUGUAAAGAACUUGGCAUGUUCACAAUUCAAGAUAACUAUGACAGUGCACUUAUAUUGGUGGCUCAAGCUACGCAUUACAAUAUAGGACUGUCCUAUUAAAAGUAAAACAACUGGGCAACUGCAAUAACAAGUGGCAUCACAACUGCA